CUUAGCGGCUGCUUUCCCUCUGCGGCUGCUCCUGUCUGUGGUGCCGCGGGGCAACACCUUGUUGUGGUUCAUCAGCAGAGACCCUUCUCCAUCCACCAUCAGGUGACAUGUGAAGGCAGCGCCCGGUACAGGGAGCGGCAGCAGCUGAGAUGCAUUCGAGCCACACUGAUGACCCCAAGGAAGCCAUAGAGCUGAUCAAGAAGCAGCUGGUGAACGCCAUCAAGGCGCUGCAGAAGCAGUACGUGACCUCAGAUGCUGUUGUAACCAGUGAUGAUGGGAAUGCCAACACCCUGUGCAGUGCUCUGGAAGCUGUCUUUGUGCACGGGCUGAAGGCAAAGCACAUCAAGACAGAGAGUGGGGGGAAAGGGAAGAAAACAGGGAGUCGGGCACCACUUCCCCAACCAGUCUUCUGGGAUCUUUUGAAGAGCAUCACCCACCGAAAUAUCAUCUCUGAGUUGGAGCAACUCAUUUUUAUCAACACGGAUGUGGGGCGCUGCCGAGCCUGGCUGCGGCUAGCUCUCAAUGAUGGCCUCAUGGAGUGUUACUUGAAGCUGCUGCUGCGGGAGAAGUCCCCACUGCCUGAAUACUACCAAAGCACUGCUCUGCUCUUAGAUGCUGAAGAGUGUGAGUUUCUCCUUUGCUACUUGCAAGGUUUAACAUCCUUAACCUUCGAGCUCUCCUAUAAAUCAGCAGUUCUGAACGAGUGGACUAUCACCCCUCUGUCCCUGUCGGGGCUGUGUCCUGUUUCGGAGCUGCUGGAGCCCCUCACAUCCUCAGCAUCCGAACCCCACAGAAAAGCAUCGCUGGGUUCCAUCUCCCACUCAUCAGGCUCGGAUGAGAUCGAGAUUCAACCCUCUGUCCUCUCCAUCAGCAAAGGCAGCAGCAAAAUCAAGCUCACAUCAUCCUCGUUGAGCCUCAACACCACCAGCUCAUCCCAGCUCUCCUCCAGCCUGGGCUCCGACAGCAUCCUCCCAGCCCACUGCGCCCGCAGCCCCGAGGGGGGCGAGGAGCCUCUGUCCUGUGACUCCGACCUGGGCACUGCCACUGCUGAGGACCUGGACCGGUCACUGCAGGAGGUGCUGUCCGAGUUCAGCAAAGCCAAGCCUAGCCAGGAAGCCCCAGAGGAACGGCUGCUCCCCAGCAUGCUGGGCUGCUCCCCACAGCCACCCGCCUGCCCCGUGGCCACAUCACCCCCUGCUCUGGCAGUGCCCCAUGGAGCUCCCCAGCAGCCACCCCCCAGUGCAGACAGCCCCGGCUCUGCUGGGACGAGUGAUGCAGUGAGCACCGGUGGUGGGGAUGGAGAAGGAGCGUGGGCAGGCACUGCUCCGGCCCCAUGCUGUGCUGGGCCCAGCAGAGGAGAGCCUGGCAGGAGCAGCACGGAGAGCAGCAGUGAGGCGAACCAGGCCAUGUGCAGCCCGACAGCCGAAUACCUCCUGUCCCCACUGCUGGGUUGUCCGAAAAGGAAGAGCUGGAUCUCGGAAGAUGAUUUCUACCGACCUUCCCUAGGAGAGAGCAGUGAAACCGCAGCCAACACCAACAGCUUUGGCCCGGAGGGGGCUGGGGAGGGUCCUGCCCCAGGACUCAUCAGUGCUCUUGACUUGGAAAGGCUCUCAGUGCCAUCCUGGGAGAGCGGGAAGCCCAAAGCGUCACCGGAACGGGAGCAAAAGGGCUUCAGCGUGGUGCACCGCAGGCAGAUGGGGCUUUCCAACCCUUUCCGAGGGCUCCUGAAGCUGGGCACCCUGGAGCGGAGAGGAGCCAUGGGGAUAUGGAAGGAGUUCUCCUGCGAGCUGUCGCCGCUGGAGCUUCGGCUCCUGCUGGACCACGAGGACCGCAUCUGUGUCGAGAGCUACUCCCUGCUGCGGUGCGAGGCACUGGCGCUGACGCACUCAGACGGGCGGUUCGAGCUGGUGUUCCUAGGGAAGAAGCUCUACCUCCGAGCUCCUUCUUGCGACGAGGCCGAGGACUGGUUGGACAGGAUCCGCGAGGCGCUGCACGAGUGCCGGCCUCAGCUGGAGGAGGAGCAGUGGGAGACACUGGAGUACCCAGAAGAGGCUGGUGAAAGCCAGCCCAUCCAGAGCGACUCCACUGCUCUGCUCCAGUACAGUGACGUGCCUGGGAACAGCUUUGACUGGACUCCAGCUCAUGAACCAGAGCUGGAUGCAAUAAAAGAGGCUGUUCUGUACGUGGACAUGGACAAAACCUGGGUCCCUUUUAUUUUUUCCCUGUCUCUAGAAACUUUAAAGUGCUUUAAAGUCAGGAACAAUGACAAAAUUUUAAGCAACAGUUAUGGCAUAGAGACCAUCCAGGACAUCCUGCCGGACACAAGUCUCGGGGGACCCGCCUUCUUCAAGGUGAUCACCUCCAAAGCUGUCCUGAAGCUGCAGGCUGAGAACGCAGAAGAAGCUGCCUCAUGGAGGGAGCUGGUCCGAGCGGUGCUCAUGUCCUACCUGGAGAGUGCAGAGGAGGCUCUGACGCUGGGUGGCAGCUUGGACGGGCACUCCCAGGUCGUCCUGAAGAACAUUGUGAAGGAAAACGGCUUCUUGUUGCAAUACCUGGUGGCCAUCCCCAUGGAGAAGGGCCUGGACUCUCAGAGCUUCAUCUGUGCAGGCUGCUCCAGGCAGAUCGGCUUCUCCUUCACCAAGCCCAAGCUCUGCGCCUUCUCUGGUCUCUACUAUUGUGACAGUUGCCACCGGGACGAGGAGACAGUGAUUCCCUCACGCCUCAUCCACAAUUGGGACCUGGCAAAGCGAGGGGUUUGCCAGCAGGCCUUCAAGUUCCUCAGCCAGAUCCGUAACCAGCCGCUGAUCGACCUGGAGUUGGUCAACGAGAGCCUCUACGACCACGUGGAGAGGAUGGGACGGAUCCUCCGAAGCAGGGAGCGGCUGAAGCUGCUGGGGGAUUAUCUCAUCAUGUGCCGCAGCGGGGCCCUGAAGGAGCUGAGCAAGCGGCUUGAUCACAGGCACUACCUCUUGGAGUAUCCCCACAAAUACAGCGUUGCUGACCUGAGGCAGAUAGCUGAUGGUGUCUUUGAGACCUUCCUGCAGUCUCUGCUCCAGUUCACUUCUCACCACGUCUACAACUGCGACCUGUGCACCCAGCGUGGCUUCAUCUGCCAGCUCUGCAACAGCAGCGACAUCAUCUUCCCCUUUGAGUUUGACACUACCACCAGGUGCAGUGAAUGCAAGACCGUCUUCCACCGGGAAUGCCAGGCCAGCGCCAGGUCGUGCCCGCGCUGCGAGCGCCGGCGGAGGUACCAGCGGGAGCUGGAGGCAGAGGCCAGCGUGGAGCCAAGCCUUUAGCAUCCAGGGACUGGCCUCAAUCUCAUCCAGCCCCUGGGUCUCAUCCAGCUGGAAAGGGGCUGCAGGGAAGAGACCUGGGAGCAGGUCCUGCGCCAGGGGAUGGGGAACCAUGUGGUAUGGUUGCUCCUGCCCCCACAGCACUGAGCAGUGAGGCUGGAAAGGUCCAUGUGCCCCCUCACAUGAACCUGGUGCUGCUCAGGAGGGCUCCGAGUCGCCCUUCAGUGGAGACCCAGUGGCUUCCCAGAGGAUUCCAGCAGGGGUGGAUAACGGACAGUGACAAAAUCUCUAGUUUUUUAGGGUGUUCUGUACUGGAGAAUCCAUAUUUUUGUAGGGGGGGGGCUGCAGGAGCCGGCCCGGGCCGGGGGAUGACGGCAGCCGCAGGGGAGGGGGUGAAGUGACACUUGUGCCUUCAGGGACCUGCACCAUCUCCCCAUCCCCAUGGCCUCGGGUGGGGGGGAUGAGCCGGGGGCUGCAGCUCCUCAGCCCUGGGGGAGGUUUUAGUUUCCUCUCAUCCCUCCCCAGAAAGAAUUAAAGUUUAUUUAAGGA